GAGUACUCCGCGGUGUUUGUUGUUGCAGGGCAGGUGGAGAUUAACGUGCGGUCGUUCAUGCAGCAGUUCCAUUUCGGCGUGUUCUACUCGUACCUGCGACUGAAGGAGCAGGAGGGACGAAACAUCGUCUGGAUUGCCGAGUGCAUCGCGCAGAGACACAGAUCAAAGAUCGACAACUACAUCCCCAUAUUCUAGCCUCGACGUUCAUCAAUGGAGCCCCGCCCACUUCUAGAGUUUUGUGUGUCUAAGUAUUUUGGGAUUUCUUUGAGGGACAGUUCAGUUGUUUUUGUCAGUGUGUAUAUACUAUAUAAUAUUCAGUAUGUGUUAUGAUGUGGUGAGUUCGUGAAUGUGGUGAACUGGAAAACUACAUCCGAAGGUUUACACGGGGGAUUACAA